UUCUUUUGUUGAAUUUUUGAGUAUAAAUUGGUAAAAAAUAAAUUUCUCAUGGCGAAUGAGGAUGAAAACAAAGCACCCUUUACAUUUAUUUGGGCAAUUGAGAACAGCUCUACAUUACAUAUAUCAGACCGGAUCUCUAGUCCAGUAUUUACAGUGGAUUCAAUGGAGGCAACAGAGUGGCAUUUAGAAAUGGAACCUGAUUAUGAAACAGGUUGGAUUUCCCUUUGUAUAAGAAGAGAAAAAAAUGACAUUGGUCCUGAAAGUAUUGAAAUAGAGCUCGAGCUAUCAUUUCUGGCUGCCAAUGGAUCGCCACUUAUUAAACGAAUGGAUAAAAAGCCUAUGAGGAAAAACAGUUAUAUGGAAUUUGAUGCUUUUGCUAGAUCAGACGAAAUUUUUCUUGAUAGAAGGAUUGAAUUUUUACCAAAAGACAUACUCACAAUUCGAUGUCGAAUGUGGAGAACUGGAACAUCAAUUUCCAAAAUGGAUUCAUGUUUUGCACGAACUCACAUGGGAGUGGAUAGACGUUCCACCGUAUGGUCCAUAAGUGAUUUCAGCUCUCUUCAGCCUGGGGACCGAAAGAUCCAUGUAUUAAAUCCAACCGCAACAGGUGCCCCACAACUCAUUCUGAGCCUUUCUUGUGAUCAAUAUGAUGAAGGUAAUAUACACUUCAAAGUUGAAAGACGUUCAGCAAGCAGAGAUCACUGGAUGUACGCUGAAAUAUCGGUACUAGAUGGGGAGGGAAAUGUAGUACACACCGACAACAUUUAUGAUUGGAUAAACGUUGACGACGAAACUGUGUUUGAAUUUCGUUAUUUCUUGACCAAAAUUCGGCUAGUGACACAAAAAUUAUGCUUAUUGCAGAACGAUGUAUUGUGUUUGAGGUGUGAAUUCGAAAUCGAUAUUGGGCCUGUCUGGAGUCGAAUUGAAACUUACAGGCAGUUAGUUCCCUUUCCAAGAUUUGGAAGGAAUCACGAUUGUGGCCGAUGAAGUUGAUGCCGUUUGUUGUUCUCUGAAAAGUGCCAUUAAGUGUUUGUAUGAAGAUAAAAGAUUCAGUGAUGUUAUUCUCAGAUGUGGCUCUGAAGCAUUUCCAGCACAUAAAAGCAUUCUUGGUGCACGAUCUCCUGUUUUCAGUGCCAUGUUCACCAACCACAUGAUGGAAAGCAUCACCAAUCAUGUUGACAUUCCCGAUUUACUCCCAAGUACCCUCAGUAGUUUAUUAUCUUACAUCUACACAGACACUGUGCCAGAACUGCAUGGGGACAAUGCGAUGGAUUUGUACAGAGCUGCGGAUAAGUAUGAACUUUUAACUCUCAGAGAUCAAUGUUCGGCUGUCUUAAAAGCAAAUUUUUCUGUGUCCAGUGUUUGUAACAUUCUGAUUCUUGCACAUAUGCACCAUGACGAAGAAUUGAUAAGAUCUGUACACUCUUUCAUUUUUAAACACGAUGAUGAUAUUUUGAAUUCAAAAUUGUGGAAGCAAUUUAAGAUUGAAAAUCCUUCUCUAGCUACUGAAACUAUGGAAGGUAUUUUUUAUAUGAUAAAACGAACCAAAAGGCAAAAAGUCUCAGUCAUUUCCGAGGCCAUGUCAGCUUGAAUAUAACCAUCUCCAAACAUGAUAAAUUACGGAUUCUAACUCUGAAAUCAAAACAAGGAGAUGGAAGUAAGGAGUGUUAUGAUCACUGGUGCAAAUCGAGGAAUAGGUUUGGAGUUUGUGAGACAAUUCGUAAAGCUGCCAAACCCGCCAAGUUUCGUUUUUGCUACUUAUAGGAAUGAAAAUACCCUACAAGAUCUUAUAGACAUACAAAAGAAGCAUGAUGAAACACAUAUUGUCCUGAUAAAAAUGGAUGUAUCAAAGAAAAGCGAAAUUGAAAACGCCAAAAAAAUCGUCGAAGAAACGGUAGGAGAAAAAGGCCUCAAUCUUUUGAUUAACAGCGCAGGAAUAGCGACGUUUCUAGGUUUUCCCGAAAUAACAGAAGAGGACAUGCUGUUUAAUUUCACCAUCAACACCAUUGGACCUGUUAUGGUUUUGCAGGUGAUGUUUCCUCUUUUGAAAAUAGCAGCUGCUCAGAAAACUUCAGGAAUGAGUGUUUCUAGAGCAGCUGCCAUCAACAUAUCUUCCACGAAAGGAUCUCUGAAUGAAUUGAUUGAUGGACAACCUAAAGAUUGGUUAAAAGUGUUUGGUUACAGGACCAGUAAGGCUGCUUUGAAUAUGGCCAUGCGAGUUGUUGCCCUCACAAUCAAGGACCAAGGUAUCCUGGUGGUGAACAUGUGCCCCGGCUGGGUGAAGACGGACAUGGGCACCGACCAGGCGACGUUGGAGCCCUCCGAGAGCAUUUCUGCCAUGCUAAAGACUUUCUCCAACUUGAACGAAUCUCAUCAUGGAACUUUACUGGACAGAAACGGAAAUACCAUUCCAUUUUGAAAUGUAUAUUAUUGCGUAUAAUUGAUAAUUUACAAGAGUUUAAUAUUUAAUUGUGGUUAUAAUAUAAUUAUAUUGGAUACAACUCGGUUAGUAGUUUGUAAUGUCUAUUGCCAUACGAUAUAAUCAUUAUCCUUCCGUAUAACUUGUAACCAGGGAUGUGAAGCCAGAAGAGUAUCUGAAUCGAUACCAGUUUUGUUGAUGUUUCGAAUGAAAUGAUGUAUUGAUUUAAGAAUCUUUGGAGCAAUUCAGAACCAAUCCGUGAUAGUUUUUUCUCUCUCUUCUUGGGAUUGGAAUUUACUAUACCUAAAUUUGAACUCAUUUGAUUAUUAUUUGAUUCAGAGAAGAAGGAACCACUUUUUAAUAUUUUCUAUCCAACUAUGCCAUAGAUUCUUGUUGUGUUGUUGUUUAUAAUGGCACUUGCCAUGGACAGGCUCGCUGACGAAGUCAACGAUUUUAAGCCAAGGAAGCGUCUCUUGUUUUAGCAGAGCCAACUAGGGCCAAGAAUACGUCUUAGGUACUCACGCAUCACAUUCGCUUGCACAACCCCUUUUUACAAGGGGGCACAUUCACACAUCUCACAGAUAGAACAAAUGAAAACCAACCAUGCCCUAACCGGGACUCGAACCCAGGAGGCCCAGAUCACUGGGAAGACGCGUUACCCCUAUGCCAGGACACCGGCACCAUAUGUUCUAAAAUCAAUAUAUCGUUCCAUUCGAAGUAUCAGCCUAAUUGGUAUUAUUCAUAUAUUUCACUAACUCCACAUCGCUGGAUACAAGUUAUACAAAAUGACGAUAACUACAUCGAUAAACAACAGACAUUACAAGCUAGCACAAUGUGAAUGAUACAACAUAGCACCUAUAAUGAUGCAAUGUAGCUUGUACAGUAUAGGUGCUAUAUCACCGAUAUUGUAUAAGCUAGCGCCUAUAUUGUAUAAUUAUAUUAAUGCCGUUGUCAGAUUUCCAGUCUUUCUGAGAUAAGAAAUAUCAUUAGAUAUCCAAUCAGAAGCGCAAUUUGGCUGAUUAAUUAAGCAUAGGGUAUUCCAAAAAUUGCAUAUGUAGAUUUUAAGGAGGAUAAGAAAUAAAGGAAAAAGUCAUUUUUACAAUAAGAUACGGAAUAAUACACUCAAAGGAUUAUCUAGAAAAAGAACUGUUUUUCUGUGAAUUAAAUAUAAAACCAGCGGUAGUGAUAUCACUCCCCUUUAUCGCAUGCCCGCUAAUAAAGGUUCUAUUCCAGAGAACGCCUUGCGUAGCAUUGGCGAACAAUAGUUAUGGAAUAUUAACCUUUGGCUCGAAUUUAGCAUUUUUACUGAAUCUAUCGUGUCAUCUUUGGCGAGAUAUUUGGCGAUUAAUUCAGAUUUAGUUCAAUUUUUGAUUGGUGUCUAGAUUAUAGAUAUUAAUUCUCUGUAUCGAAUUUCAUCUAUCUAGCUCUUUCUGUGCCGUAGUAAUCGUGUUAGCUUUUAUUCGAAUAACCGGACAGACGGACUUCCUCUCUGAGUGGAUUUCGCUCAAAAUUCGACAGAAAUCUACAAAUUCGGUAUAAAGACUGUAUACUAAAUGUCAAUCGUCUAGUUCAAAACGUUUCUGAGUUAUCUGUGUUAUAGACAGAAAGACGGACAUUUUCCAGAAAUAUGUUUUUCAAGUCAAAAAGGUCUAAAAAGGGGAGAUUCGUCAAAAUCUCGAGUUCGAAUUUUUUGCCGGUUACUAUAUUUCCUCUGUACUACGUGUACGAGAGAACAGAAAUGGCUCUCACCCGGCAAGAUGUAUAUAUAUAGCACAACAAGAAACCUGUAUAAAUAAAAAAAUUUUCUUGCAUUAAUUGCCAGAUACAAUUGCAAAUAGGAUUUAAGACCAACAACAAACCUUUGAAGUACUUGAAAUAUCGUCUACGAUAAAAAAAAAAAAACAAUUUUUGGCAGAAAAUCACAAUUUUUAAAAAAUGUUUUAUUUGAAAAUCUGUCUUUUUGCUUUAUGAAAAGCACUUUUAUUUCAUGUUUACGAUAUUUAGAAACGAAGUUAAAGCCUAUUUAAUAGAAUUUAA